UGGAGAUACAGGUGUGUUAUGCUAAUGGCAGCUAACAUUGCCCCAACGCAAUGGGCGGCAGAGGUCUGGUCUGCACAGGUUUGCACCAUCAUGUGUGCUGAAGCUGAAGCAUGCAUAUGUGAGUGAGACUGCCUCCUGCCCCACCUUCUUCCCAUCUCCCAUCGCCGGCAUCCUGCGUUCUGCACCCCUCUGCGGAGGACUCAUCACUGCAGCUGAGCGGUCGCAGCCGUAGCAGCUUCAGCAUCAGCAUCAUCUCCCUCAUCUGUCUCUGCAGCAUCCUCUCCAUCCUCGAAAGCAUCCAUCUCUCGCCAGCAUCCCGGCACCGCCGAGCUGCACACACCCCCUUUCUCUCGAAUCUCUUCCCUCCAGUGUCUGUGUGUCAAACAAGGCUGAAGCCAAGCAGUCACAUCCUGAGCUAGUUUACCCUGCUGCAUCCCCCCCUCUUCCCUUCUGCUCGGCUGGGCUUGUCACUGCGACGGUUCCCCUCUCUCCCGUCCUCUUCGCCCAUCAUCCACUCUAUCCGAAGCACCGUUCAAGGAAAAGCAGGCAAGCUGUCUCUUCUUCCUGCAAAAGUGUCUUUUGGCUGGGCAGCUGGUCUUCCGCUGUCCCUCUGGAGGAUGAUCCUGUGGAUGAAGACGGAGGAGAUGGCCCUGGGGGAGCUGCUGGAGAGACUGAGGACUGUCACCCAAAGCAUAGAUGAGAUCAUGCAGCUGGACAGCAGUCCUCUCCACGCUGCUGACAUCACCCCUGACCUCAAGAAGCAGUUCGCCUUCCUCUCAGGGGGUAGAGGAGAUAACGGCAGUCCCAUCAUUGUGUUCCCAGAAUUCCCUGCGUUUGGAGAGAUCACCGACAGAGAGUUUCACAACGUUCUGACCUACCUGACUAGUGUGCCCAGUUUGUCGUCAACAGGCGUGGGUUUCAUCCUGGUCAUUGAUCGCCGGCAAGACAAAUGGGCGGCUGUUAAGGGGACCCUGCUUCGUAUUGCAGGCUCCUUCCCAGGGAACCUCCAGCUGGUUCUGGUUCUGAGGCCCACCACCCUCCUGCAGCGCGCACUGUCCGACAUCCUCUUCAAAUUCAACAGGGAUGAGUUCAAGAUGAAGGUGCCGGUAAUCAUGCUGAGCUCUAUAACUGAGCUGCACUCGUACAUCGACCGCUCACAGCUGACCCAGGAACUCGGGGGAACGCAGGAGUACUGCCAUGAGAAGUGGAUCUCUCACCGCACUGCUAUCGAAGGUUUUGCUCUGAUGGUCAAGAAAACGGCACAGACCCUGCAGUCAUUUGGGACUGAGCUGGCUGAAACUGAGCUCCCAAAUGAAAUCCAGGCCACAACCGUCCUGCUCAGCACACACACCAACAAGAAGGACAAAAUGAAGGAGGAUCUCCUGGUGGCUCUGGGUCAGGGUAGCAGGCUGUUGGAGAGCAUCAAUGAGCCUGUAGUGCGAGACCCAGACCACAACAUGAACCAGGAUGAACUGGAGAAUCUAGCUACAGUGCAAAGACUGCUGUCUCAGCUGGAUGAGACAGAGAGGGCUUUCGAUGAGUUCUGGGUGAGGCAUCAGACCAAACUGGAGCAGUGUCUCCAACUGCGCCACUUUGAGCAUAACUACAGAGAGGUGAGGGCUCUGCUGGAUCAGGUGUCUGAGAAACUUUCAACCUUCUCUGAGGUUGGGAUCAGCCCAGCCCACGCUGACCAUAUCUUCUCUGAACUCACCACUUAUGAGGAGAGAGUCUGUGAGGUGCUGGAUCGAACCUUGGCCUUGUCUCGUGAGGGCGAUGAACUUAUACAGAAUUCGCACUAUGCUGAAGACUCCAUUCAGCCCAAAUGCAGUGAGCUCAGAACAAUCAGUGAGAAUGUGAGCAGCAGCCUGAGGGCCAAGAAGGACCAUCUCCUCAAAGCCAUGGAGCUGCAUCAGCACUUGGAAAGGGCUUCGAAGUGGGUUGAUGAGGGCAUAUACCUGCUGGCAUCUCAGCCAGUAGACAAGUGUCAAUCGCACGAGGGGGCUGAGUUAGCCUUGCAGGAGCUGGAGCGUUAUCUGGAUAAUGCAGGCCAGAGCCAGCUGACAGACCUCAGUGCCAUCUGGACAGAAUAUGAGGCAGUGCUCAACCAGCAGUUCAAGGACCAAGUGGAGAGGAUUUUCCAGAAGCAGACAUCCAUGCAGGAGAUGUUUGACAAGAGGAGGGUCAGUCUGAAGAAGCUAGCAGCCAAACAAACCAGACCGGUCCAGCCGGUAGCCCCCAGACCAGAGGCCUUCAUCAAAUCCCCUCUCAGCUCACCUGUACACAGAGCACAGCUGGAGAAAAACUGCUCAGAGACGGACCCUGGGAACAACUGUGAGAAAGGAAAGGGCCAACUGCAGAAUGGAGACAGCAGACAUGCCUCUCUGUCAGAGGAGGAGGAGAACCUGGCAGUGCUCAGGAGACACGUUAUGAAUGAGCUGCUGGAAACUGAGAGAGCCUACGUAGAGGAGCUGCUCUGUGUACUUCAGGGAUAUGCCUCUGAGAUGGAUAAUCCAGCAAUGUCUCACCUCAUCCCUGCUCCUCUGCAGAACAAAAAGGAGGUUCUGUUUGGCAACAUGCCUGAAAUUUACCACUUCCACAAGAGGACUUUUCUUACGGAGCUGGAGCAGUACACCGACUGCCCAGAGUUGGUUGGAAGGUGUUUUCUAGAGAGGAUGACAGACUUGCAGAUCUAUGAGAAGUACUGUCACAACAAGCCCCGCUCUGAAAGCCUCUGGAGGCAGUGCUCAGACUGCACCUUCUUCCAGGAGUGUCAGAAAAAGCUGGAGCACAAACUGGGUUUAGAUUCCUAUCUGCUGAAGCCUGUUCAGAGAAUUACCAAAUAUCAGCUGCUACUGAAGGAAAUGCUGAAGUACAGUAAGGGCUGUGAGGGAGCCAAUGACCUGCAGGAGGCACUGACCUCCAUUUUAGGCAUCCUCAAAGCUGUCAAUGACUCCAUGCACCUCAUCGCCAUUACAGGAUAUGAGGGUAAUCUGAGUGAGCUGGGAAAGCUGCUUAUGCAAGGGUCAUUCAGCGUAUGGACCGAGCACAAGAAAGGUCACGCCAAGGUUAAGGAUCUGGCCCGUUUCAAGCCCAUGCAGAGACACCUCUUUCUCCAUGAGAAGGCCCUGCUCUUCUGCAAGAGGAGGGAGGAGAAUGGUGAAGGCUACGAGAAAGCUCCCUCAUACAGCUUCAAGCAGUCUCUGAAUAUGAGUGCUGUUGGUAUUACUGAGAAUGCAAAGGGAGACAACAAGAAGUUUGAAAUCUGGUGCAACUCAAGAGAGGAGGUUUAUAUUGUUCAGGCACCAACAACUGAAGUAAAAACCACUUGGGUAAAUGAGAUCAGGAAGGUUCUGACAACCCAGCUGGAAGCAUGCAGAGAAGCCAGCCAGCAGAGGGCACCAGACCAGGUUUUCCAGUUCCCUCCUGUGUCCAGUGGAACAGUGAGUCUUAGUCCAUUCAAGACCGGUCAGAAGAGCUUUAAAAAGGGAGAGGAGAAGAAAGCUGAGCCCUGCAGCCCUGAUGUCAACUCCUCUUCUUCACCAAAGCCCACAGGGAAAGAUGAGGCUGUGACAAGCCCUACCUCAGACAGAGCUGCUGUGGCUAAAAAGCGCUUUACUUUACAAGGCUUCAGUAACCUCAAAGCUCAGAAAGAGCCUUCAACUACUGAUGAUAAAAGUUUUACAUUACCCAUGACAGACCUCCCGUCACCAGGAUCUCCCACAAGCCCUGAUCACAAGACGAAACGCCAGAGCGACCCCACGCCAUUCGGCUUCAAAGAUGCAGGUCCUCCUCCCCUUCACCUGAGCAGGGCCAGGUGGUUCAGCACCUCUAGUCUCUUACAGGCAAAGUGGAGAGGCUGGAACAAGGCUACCCUGUCACUGGAUGCCUCAGAGGAGCAUGACGGCUACUCCAGUGCUGAGGAUCCUCUUAACUCUGACCCAGAGGACGACAACGGCAAGAAGCUGUGUGUUGGAAAAUAUACAGUGAUGGCCGACUAUGAGAAGGGCAGCGCUCAAGAGCUCUCAGUGAAGAGUGGAGACAUGGUGCAGCUGCUUAAGGAGAGAGAUGAUGGACAGUGGCUUGUACGUAACCUGAGCACCUCUAAGGAGGGCUGGAUCGCUGCUGCUAAUCUUAUCACACUCAUUGGAAAGUCCAAGUCUUGCCAGUCUCUCACCAGCUCAGAGGGUAGUGGCUCUGGAAACCUCAGCACAUCAUCCAGCUGCAGUGAGACCUACACAAGCUUCUCUGACAUCAAACCCUGAACUCUUCAGCACUUUCUUCAUCACCAAACUGCCCUCUUGAAUGCUAGCAUCAUGUGGCUAUCUGUGCUGUAAUGCCAACAUCAGUACCCAUGAGUAUUUUGUCAGGUUUCCACAGAGAGCUGUAUUUUUUCAUAAUUUUUAUCAUGCACACACACCACAUGUUAAAGCAAAUGGCACGUUAUAGAUUUGACUGUGGUGCCAUCGUACAGUGAAGAUACAGACUAGAUGAAUACGUUCCAUACAGUAACUUCACAGUUUAGUAAAGUGAUCUUCCUCUAGUCACUCUUGUCUGUUUAUUUUUUAUGCAGCAUCCAUGUGAUUAUAAUCUAAUAGAUGUAUGAAUGGGCCAGCAGGACUGAUCUCAGUUAAUGCAUCUAUUUGCGUUCCCAUUAAAAAUGGGGAAAGAUUAGUGAUCCAAUGUGGAUGACAGUUGUCUUUUUGUCCAUCUGCACUAAUUCACCCAGGAGUUUACAUUUCCACUGUUACUGUAAAUAUGAAAGACCGGGACAGGUAAAGGCAUACGGCUUGUUUAACUUGAAUGAAUGUUUUCUGAGUCUAAUCACCUCCAUGUCCCCACCUUUACAUGUGUUUAUUUAUUUAUAAGAAGCAAAAACGCCAAUGUUUAAUUUGCUCCCAAUCUUUUCUUUACUCUCAUUCUAUCUGUCAUUUGUCUCUCUGUUGUCAGCCUGAAACCUGUUCCACCACCAGCUGUCUGAACUUCUGUACGAGCUUUUGUCUUCAUGGGUCUCUGAUGGCCUCAUCGUCUAACCCUCUGUGGGUUUUCAUGUAUGCUACACUUUAAAAAUGUUUCUCAGUGUGAAUAAUAAGAUAUCACUGUAUAGCGCUAACUUAUUCCCUGUGGAGGGAUCAUGUCCUGAAUGUAGAUAAUGUUCAUUAAUAUGUGUCUGUCAUGAAAUGUUUGUUAUCGGAGAUGCUAUAUUGUACAUUGAGUACAGUGAUGUCACUACUGUGUGACUUGUCUAAUUUUUUUGUAUAUAAAUGACUUGUGAUAAUUCAA